AUGACCACCAUAUCAGCCAAAUUAGUAUGUGCUGAGUCAUUAUAUAAAAGGGAUGUUUUCAGAUUUCCAGAUCCAUUUGCAGUCUUGACUAUUGAUGGUUCACAAACUAAGUCCACCAGUGCCGCUAAGAAAACUUUAAAUCCAUACUGGAAUGAGUCUUUUAAAUUCGUUAAUGUUAAUGAAAACUCUAUUUUAACCAUUCAAGUAUUUGACCAAAAGAAAUUUAAAAAGAAAGAUCAAGGCUUUUUGGGCGUAGUUAAUGUUCGUAUAGGGGAUGUACUGGGUCAUUUAGACGAAGACUUGAACAAUAAUGAACAUCAAGAAACUAUUACUAGGGACUUGAAAAAGUCUAAUGAUGGUGCAGUUGUAUCCGGUAGAUUAAUUAUUUCUCUAUCCAAACUCAACGGUAACGCGAGCAAUAGUAGUAGCAGUGCGACACGCCAUUCUUCUGCUACCAACAACACUACUCCUGGUAGAAAUAAUACCGUACGUUCUAAUGGUUCAAACACUAAUACUUCUAAUAGAGGUCAUAAUAGCACGAGUACAAAUAGCCAUACCCGUUCUACGUCAAGUAGUGCCUCGGCAACAACCAGUAAUAACAUCUCAUCUGCAGCAGCUACUGGUGCAUCUACUUCAAAUGGAUCCCGGUCUGCUGACUCUCAAAGACAAUAUUCAUCUUUUGAGGACCAGUAUGGCCGUUUACCACCAGGAUGGGAGAGAAGAACAGAUAAUUUUGGCCGUACCUACUAUGUUGAUCACAAUACAAGAACAACAACUUGGAAAAGACCUGCUAUGGAGCAGGUGAGCGCUGGUACUUCUUCCAGCACUAAUGGCAACAGUAGUACAGAGUCUGACGCUAGAAGACAGCAAUAUAGAGGUAGAAGCUUGCCAGGCAAUUCGGAGCACGGAUCUGGCAAUGCUACUCCCACUACCCCCACUACUACAGGUAAUGCCUCAUCUGCUGGCAAUACGAAUGCUGCUGCUAUGGCAGCUACUGGUGGUACUACUAGUGGCUUGGGUGAAUUACCUCCCGGUUGGGAACAAAGAUAUACUCCAGAGGGGAGAGCAUAUUUUGUAGAUCAUAACACUAGGACUACUACUUGGGUUGAUCCUAGAAGACAGCAAUAUAUUCGUACUUAUGGGCCUACUAAUAAUUCUAUUCAGCAACAGCCUGUUUCUCAAUUAGGCCCAUUACCAUCAGGCUGGGAAAUGAGAUUAACGAAUACUGCAAGAGUUUAUUUCGUCGACCACAAUACUAAAACUACGACAUGGGAUGAUCCAAGAUUACCAUCAUCUUUGGAUCAAAAUGUUCCUCAAUAUAAGCGUGAUUUUAGACGUAAAGUUAUUUAUUUUAGAUCGCAACCUGCAUUAAGGAUAUUGCCCGGACAAUGUCACAUUAAAGUUCGUAGAAAAAAUAUUUUUGAAGAUGCCUACCAAGAGAUUAUGAGACAAACGCCUGAAGAUUUGAAAAAGAGAUUGAUGAUCAAAUUCGAUGGUGAAGAGGGUCUAGAUUAUGGUGGUGUUUCCAGGGAAUUUUUCUUUUUAUUAUCGCAUGAAAUGUUUAACCCAAUCUACUGUUUGUUCGAGUAUUCCUCCCAUGAUAAUUACACCAUUCAAAUUAAUCCUAACAGUGGUAUUAACCCUGAGCAUUUGAAUUAUUUCAAAUUUAUUGGUAGAGUCGUUGGUUUAGGUGUUUUCCACAGGAGAUUUCUGGAUGCAUUUUUUGUUGCUGCAUUCUACAAGAUGAUGCUAAGGAAGAAAGUUGUACUACAAGAUAUGGAAGGUGUGGAUAACGAAGUUUACAACAGUUUAAAGUGGAUUUUAGAAAAUCCUAUUGAAGGCAUUUUAGAUUUGACUUUUAGUGUUGAUGAUGACAGGUUUGGGGAAAUUGUCACUAUUGAUUUGAAAGCAGACGGAAGAGAUGUCGAAGUAACAGAUGAAAACAAAAAGGAAUAUGUUGAACUAUUUACACAGUGGAAGAUUUGUGAUAGAAUUAAAGAACAAUUGAAGGCCUUUAUGGAUGGGUUUAAUGAGAUCAUACCUGAAGAUUUAGUUACUGUUUUUGAUGAGCGUGAAUUGGAAUUAUUGAUUGGUGGUAUAGCAGAAAUCGAUGUUGAUGAUUGGAAGAAGCAUACUGAUUAUCGUGGAUACCAAGAGUCAGAUCAAACCAUUCAAUGGUUCUGGAAGAUUGUUUCUGAGUGGGAUAAUGAACAAAAAGCACGUCUAUUGCAAUUCACUACGGGUACAUCGAGGAUACCAGUUAAUGGUUUUAAGGAUUUACAAGGUUCUGAUGGACCAAGAAGAUUUACUAUUGAAAAAGCUGGUGAGAUUGACCAACUACCAAAAUCGCAUACUUGCUUUAACAGAGUAGAUCUACCAUCGUAUGAUAAUUAUGAGUCUAUGAAACAAAAGUUGACUAUUGCUGUGGAAGAAACUAUUGGUUUUGGUCAAGAAUGA